UUGUUUUACCUCUUUGAAAAAUUGAAGUUAGGAUGAAAUUAGAACGCCUUAACAUCCAAUGUAAAUGGCUUGAAUUUAUCUACAACUGCAGCUCUACCUUACUGAUAAACACUGUCACUCUUUUUAAAACACAGAACAGUCUACUUUGGGAAGUGAAGAAUGGAAUCCUUGGGAAAUAGAUGAAAGAAAUGAGCAAGAACACAGAUUUAAAACUAGCCUUCAAAUAUUAAAUAAAUCCACAAAAGGGAAAACAGACUUGCAUGUACAAAUCUGGGGCAAAGCUGCCAUUGGUUUGUACCUCUGGGAGCAUAUUUUUGAAGGCUUACUUGAUCCCCCUGAUGGGACCGCUCCGUGGAGAGAAGGAAAUGCCGUUGUAGGAAGAACACGUUACAGCUUCAUCACUGGUCCAGCUGUAGUCCCAGGGUACUUCUCUGUUGAUGUGAAUAAUGUGGUACUCAUUUUAAAUGGAAGAGAAAAAGCAAAGAUCUUUUAUGCCACUCAGUGGUUACUUUAUGCACAAAAUUUAAUACAAACUCAGAAACUCCAGCAUCUUGCUGUUGUGUUGCUUGGAAAUGAACAUUGUAAUAAUGAAUGGAUAAACCAGUUCCUCAAAAGAAAUGGAGGCUUUGUGGAGCUGCUCUUCAUAAUAUAUGACAGCCCCUGGAUUAAUGACGUGGAUGUUUUUCAAUGGCCUUUAGGAGUAGCAACCUAUAGAAACUUUCCUGCGGUGGAGGCAAGUUGGUCAAUGCUGCAUAAUGAAAGGCCCUACUUAUGUAAUUUCUUAGGAACCAUUUAUGAAAAUUCAUCCAGACAAGCGCUAAUGAACAUUUUGACACAGGAUGGGAAUGAUAAGCUUUGUUGGGUUUCAGCAAGAGAACAGUGGCAGCCUCAGGAAACAAAUGAAAGCCUUAAGAAUUAUCAAGAUGCUCUGCUUCAGAGUGACCUCACACUGUGCCCUGCAGGAGUAAACACGGAAUGUUACAGAAUAUACGAGGCUUGCUCCUAUGGCUCCGUUCCUGUGGUGGAGGAUGUGAUGACAGCUGGCAGCUGUGGAAACACAUCUGUUCACCAUAACGCCCCUCUGCAGCUCCUCAAGUCCAUGGACGCCCCCUUCAUCUUUAUUAAGAACUGGAAGGAGCUUCCCGCUAUUUUAGAAAAAGAGAAAACUAUAAUUUUACAAGAAAAGAUUCAGAGAAGGAAAAUGUUACUUCACUGGUAUCAACACUUCAAAACAGAGCUAAAAAUGAGAUUUACUAAUAUUUUAGAAAGUUCAUUUUUAAUGAACAAUAAAAGUUGAUUGUUAAUUA